GAAUUUCAAUACACGGCGGAGCGUUCACGCGAGCGGAUUCACAUUGUGUGUGCGUUGGGCAUUACGAUUUUGCCGUAUCGAUCGAAUUAACGUUUUGCUUUUUGUCGCCUUUGUUUGCGAUUGCGUAUACGCCGCGUCUGCCCACUGCAGUGUUUACACAUUACCUUGCACUCUCGUGUCAUUCGUGUCGUGCCACGUUUUCUUCUUCUGUCGCGACUUUGGCGUCUUCUCUCUUCGUGUCACGAUCAAUUGCUGAUGUACCUGUACCCCAACAACGGCGCAUUGUGGGCGACCAGCGCAUUGCUCGCCCUUGGCUUUGCCACCUGCACGCUGCAGUCCGUUGAUCCACUCGUCCCGCCCCCCGACUGCGAUAUACCCAACGAAACGAAACGCGGCAUCUGUGUGCAGGUGAACGAAUGUGCCGCCUAUUUACAGGUGCGCAAUGUGACCAAUUUGAGCUCGGAACGCGUAAAUUUUCUAAAGAAGGUUCAGUGCGACAGUACAGAGGCAGAAAAAAGUGAUGCCGAUUACAAGCCACUUGUUUGCUGUCCAGCCAAUGGCCAGGACUAUCUCUAUCCGGUCAUACAGUUCUCCAAGUUUGAGUAUCGUCGCUUUUUGGAUGUAACGGCGCGUUUCAAGCGCAAAAAGCUCAAGCGUCGCAUACAAACGGUGGAGCCGAGCACGGGCUUCAAUUUGUUGAACGAAUGCGGCAAGCAGGUGACAAAUCGCAUCUAUGGCGGUGAAAUUGCCGAGCUGGACGAAUAUCCCUGGCUGGCACUGUUGGUCUAUCAUUCAAAUGACUAUGGCUGCAGUGGAGCUCUGAUCGAUGAUCGUCAUAUACUAACAGCCGCCCACUGUGUGCAGGGCGAAGGCGUGCGAGAGCGACGUGGACUCAAACACGUGCGUCUGGGUGAAUUUAAUGUGAAGACGGAGCCAGACUGCAUAGAGGAGCCGAACUAUUUGAGUUGUGCGGAUGCCGCACUGGAUAUUGCCUUUGAGCACAUUCAUGUGCAUCCGGAGUACAAGGAGUACUCGAACUACAAGUACAAUGAUAUUGCCAUUAUACGACUGAAGCAUCCGGUUUCAUUCACGCACUUCAUUAUGCCCAUUUGCCUGCCAAACAAAAGCGCACAGACGCCGCUCGUCGAGGGCCAAAUGUUCUCGGUCUCCGGCUGGGGACGCACCGAUCUCUUCAAUAAUUACUUUAUUAACACGCACAGUCCCAUCAAACUGAAGCUGCGUAUUCCCUACGUCUCCAACGAGAACUGCAGCAAGAUUCUCGAUUUAUAUGGCGUUCGCUUGGGACCGAAGCAACUCUGCGCCGGAGGUGAAAAGUCAAAGGACACGUGUGCUGGCGAUAGUGGAGGUCCUUUGAUGUACUUUGAUCGUCCACACUCUCGCUGGGUGGCCUAUGGCAUCGUUAGCUACGGGUUCACACAAUGCGGCUCUGGACCCGGAGUUUAUACGUCCGUCUUGAGCUACAUGAGCUGGAUCGAGAGCAUCAUAAAGGCGCAGAGUUAAGAAUUUCGAAUUUAUGGAAUGUUGGCACGUCAAGAUUGACGUCAGAUUUAGACUUUGGGCUGUUUUAUUUUUGUGCUUUUUGUUUUUUGUUUUGCUAUUCAAAGAACGUUUAACAAUUAGGGGCGCCUAGGCGAACGAGGGGCUGAUUGACGUGGGUGGGGAGGGAGCGAGGGCAUUGUACUGUUUGUGUCUCUAAAUAUUUGUACAUAUUUUGCUAAUUAUCUAACUUUUUUCACCUUACAAAUAGUGUGUGUGUGCUGUGCGUAUGUGAGUGUGAGUGACUACGUAUAUGUAUAUGUAUGUAUGUGUGUGUUAACAAAAGUCUGAAAAACAUGUUUCUAUUUAAAUAAUCUAUUAAAAUAUUUACACACACUUGUGGUU